AACACACCUCACGUCAACGUUCACUCGCGAUAUGGGCACGGUUCAUAGUAUACAGGAAACAUCCGACCUGGCAUGGCAGAAACAUGGCAAUGGAUACAACCUGACUAUGCCGCAUCUGGGUACAAUACAUUUGAUGAAAGAUGCGACAGGUAGAUAUCAUGCCGAGCUAGUGCUGAAGAAGGUGAAGGGGCAUGAAUAUCAACUUGUGGACAGACUGCCCUUAGAGUCGGAUACUUUGGCCUCCGCAUUCGCUGCUACAGACUCGUUCAUCAAGACUAUGUUUGGGAAUAUGCUGCCCUUAUUAGGAAAGAACGUCGGGUGGAUGCGGGGCCCUGCGAGUCCUGGACAAAUCAAGUUUGUCAGACAACUGCUCGGGCGGAAUGCGCAUCGAAUGGCACUGCACACUCUCACGAGGGGACGCGCCGCAGAGAUCAUCACUUCGAGAACAUCCAAGUCGCAACUGGAACGGAUGUAUAGGAAUCACGAGAAGAAACUGGCCGAAAAAGCGCAAGUCAUGGAAAGGAGAGAUAAGAAUAUGGGUGUUGAUGUCACUUUGGGGUCCCUCAAAGCCAAAUAGAGAUAUGAUAGAAAUACUCACUCAGCCAGAA